AUGACCCGUACAGACAUCCACCAUGCCCAUGAAAUGGCUCGUCCGAUUUCACGGAGUCGUGCCUCGACCGAUUCCGAGUCGCUGUCGCACUCGAAGAAGAAUGGCCUCCUAAGCGCUCCGAGAGUCUCCAACACCGAAGGCCAGUGGACUGCUCUCCAGAAUGACACCCAUCUGAUGCCUCAUGCUCCACUUGAUUUGGAUGGCGCAGCUCAAAUUUUGGCCCCGUCCCCUGCCCUCUCCGAACAGUCGCAUUCCCCGCCCGAUACCAAACGUCGCAGUUCAAGGACCUCGAGCAUUCUUAUGCCAGAGAUCGGCGCAGGCGGACAAUCAUGGAAUCAAGAUUCUCAUCAUCUGAUGAUGGCGUCCGAGUUCAAUACAUCCUCUGAUGGACUGGACCAUCGACUACAGAAGGGCAUGUCAGCCAAGACAAAAGUUCACAUCAAACCGAUACUCCGGAGGAUGUCCCGGGAUGAUGCACCAUCGGCGUCAAUUGACCUCUCUCGGUCAUCGACCGAACAGGACGGGUUAGGCAUUUAUUGGAACCUCGAUCGAGAUCGGCGCCGGAGUGAAUCGCUCACGGGAAGUACAUACCGAAGAACAGCAUCGGGUUUACAUCAUCGGUCUACCAGCGGGACAUCUCAAUUUUCCACGGGCACCGGCUCGAGUAUUAGCAAGCCGGGGUCGCAAUACGUCCAUCCUAUGCGGCAGAUGCCCAGCGCGUUCACACCACCACUAGGCCAGUCGUAUCAAGCGUCGGCCCAUGAAAGCGACCUCGAAGAUGGUAGCCCCGAAACCGAAUCUUCAGCGUUGCCCGGUUCGGAGACCCAGCGCAACCCGAUGUAUGCAUCUUCGUCUGGGCCACCCCCACGACUGUCACUACACAUUCAAGAUGAUUCCUUUACACGAUUGCCGGGGAUUUCACAAACCAACAUCGCCAGCCGGCCUUCGUUUGGCUAUUCCAGGGACAACGGGAGUACCUUGGACACCGCGUCCCCAAUCUCGAGGACGUCUCUUGACUUUGCCUUUCGAUCGCGCACACGGACCAGCACCGACCCCGUUUCUCGAGCGGCUGCAAUCCAAGCCGCUCGCCAAGCGUUCGAGGAGAAGGAAGCCGCCAAGACUCGCCGGUUUGAGAAACAGCAGAUCAAAGCAGAAGAAAGACAAACGCGGCGUCGGGAGAAGCGACACCUGUCCCCAAACCGCGAGUCGCUGCCUGUAUAUUCUAGUCAUGAGAUGUCCGAGAAGGCCAACCGGCCCCCGCAAGCCGGCACUCCGAAAUCCCAUGAGCGCCAACCCUCAGCAUCGUGGAAAUCCCAGUCAAAGAGCACCUGGAUGCUCUUCGUGACGUGGCUGCGAACACGGGUGUUUAAGCUGCGACGGAAAGCACGAAAACUUCGCUAG